UCUAUUGAGGAGGAGAGUGAAAGAUGGCGUCCUCAAACAAUCCCCGCAAAUUUAGCGAGAAAAUCGCUCUGCAUAAUCAAAAACAAGCAGAAGAGACUGCAGCUUUUGAAGAGGUGAUGAAAGACCUAAACAUUACCAGAGCUGCGCGGUUGCAGUUACAGAAGACCCAGUAUUUGCAACUAGGGCAGAAUCGUGGACAGUACUAUGGAGGCUCACUGCCCAAUGUCAAUCAGAUUGGAAAUAGCAACAAUGACAUGCCUUUUCAGAAUUCUGUGUCGGACACCAGUCGAACCACUAGGCAUCACGGUCUAGUGGACCGUGUCUACCGUGACCGGAACCGCAUCGCUUCACCCCACCGCCGGCCAAUCUCUGUUGACAAACAUGGCCGCCAGAUCGACAGCUGCCCCUAUGGCUCCGUGUAUCUCUCCCCUCCACCUGACACCAGCUGGAGGAGGACAAAUUCAGACUCGGCCUUACACCAGAGUGCGAUGAACCCUAAGCCACAGGAAACGUAUGUGGGGGGAUCCCAAGAGCUCCAGCCCAAGCGAGUGUUGCUGUUAACAGUGCCUGGGACCGAGGAGUGUGAACCAGAAACAGACGAGGAUGCACAGAAGCAAAUGUGGGAUAAUAAAAAGAAUGACUCAUCGAGACCCAAGUCCUGCGAUGUCCCAGGGAUCAACAUCUUCCCAUCACCCGAUCAGGAAGUGAACACAUCUUUGCUUCCUGCCACACACAACACUGGCGGCUCGCUGCCUGACCUCACCAACAUUCAGUUCCCCCCACCGCUGCCCACCCCGUUGGACCCCGACGAUACGGUGGCCUUCCCCGCCCUCAGCGCCUCCAACAGCACGGGAAACCUGACCACCAACCUCACCCACCUAGGCAUCAGUGCCGCCAGCCACGUGGGGACGGCUUCCUCUCAGUCCGCCAUGACGGUGUCAUCCCAGCGGCAGCUGCCCACCGUGGUGCCCCUCACCCUCAGCGUAGACCUCCAGCCUCAGCCGUCUCCACAGCAGCUCUCCCCCACCCUGUCGCCUCCCAUCAACAUCACGCAGGUAGUGCCAAUGGAAACCUUGAGCCUAGAGCAGCAGCUGUCCCAGUACCCCUUCUUCAGCCAGCUGACAGCUCAGGCACAGGCCCAGGUGCUGAACGACCUGCAUCUGCAGCAGCUUCUGCCCCAGGGCAUCAGGCUGAUCACCCUGCCCCCGCUGGCCACCACCACCCCGGCCACGCAGGCCUCCCUGGACUCUCAGAUCCAGACCAGCGCAAGCAUCAACGUCAACUCAUACCGUAAUCAGACUGGCUCUCCGGCCAAUCAGUCUCCAACCUCCCCUGUCUCCAAUCAAGGCUUCUCCCCUGUCGGCUCGCCUCAACACAUUUCUGUGGUGGGCAGUAUCUUCGGAGACUCUUUCUAUGACCAGCAGCUGGCGUCGAGACAAACCAAUGCUCUUUCCCACCAGCUGGAGCAGUUCAACAUGAUUGAGAACCCCAUCAGCUCCAACAGCCUGUACAGCCAUUGCUCCACCCUCAACUACACACAGGCAGCCAUGAUGGGGCUUACCGGGAGCAGCCUGCAAGACACCCAGCAGCUGGGCUUCAGUAGCCAUGGCAACAUCCCCAACAUCAUCCUCACAGUAACAGGAGAGUCUCCACCCAGUCUCUCCAAAGAGCUGACCAACUCGCUGGCCGGUGUUGGGGAUGUCAGCUUUGAUGCAGACUCUCAAUUUCCAUUGGAUGAACUGAAAAUCGACCCCCUUACCUUGGACGGACUGCACAUGCUCAAUGACCCUGACAUGGUACUCACCGACCCUGCUACGGAGGAUACAUUCAGGAUGGACAGGUUGUAAAGGUGAAACUGACUGUGGCCGCCAAAAAAAAAAACUAAAGAACAAAAAAUGUGAAGGAAAAUAAAAUCCGCCCUUGGGUUCAGUCCCCAAGGGGAAGCAAAAAGGCAUGGUGUGGGUGAGUACUCUCCACAGUUGCAUGGCCCUUCACACCCAGAACUUGUUCAGGCCUUUGAUACGAUAUUCCACCAAAACUAUUGUGUGGGUUGAAGGACACACAAUGCCUUUUCGGGUGGUUUGGCAUUGCUGUCAAUUUCAAUGAGAUUGUUGGUCCCUCAGCCAACCUGCUGUGUUUACUAUACAACAUUAUUUCCCAUACGCAUACAAAAAAUUAUAAUAAUCCCCAAAAAUCGCAAUUGACAACUUGUGUUUUCCAUAUCUGUUUGGGAAGUUCAGUUUUAGUUUAAGGAGGGUGGGGCGGUGGGGGGCAAAAAAGACACUAAGACGGUAGGCACCACCACACCAAUAAUGAAUGCUGUGUAUGAUAUUUGCAAAUACCACGGCCAAGCUGAUUCUACCCUUAAUUGAAAGUCAUUGUCUUUCCCAACUUACAUCACACUCAAAGCUUUAUUUUUACUGACAACCAAAUGUUUAUAUUUUUGUCAUGUAUGUGUUUAAUUUGUGUGCAUUUAUAUUUAUUGAAUUAUUUAUUAAGUUGAAUUUGUUUUAUGUAAAUACAGAAUUCAAUUAUUUGUUUGAUGCCAAAUUUUUCUCUGCUGUUGUCCUCUUGUACAAACUGCACUGAUUUAAUUUUGUGUCUAUUUAUUCAUUGAUAUUUUUUGUAUAUUUAGUUACAUUAAGGAGUGCAAAUCCUCCCCAUAUUUGCUCCUGAACUCAAUCAUCUAUCUAUAUAUAUAUAAACUAGGAAAAAGUUACAUCUUAAAAUUAACUAGCUUCUAUCACUCUCAUAAGAAAAACACUUUAUUGUGCCAAUUAACAACUUUUAAGUGACUUUAUUUAUAACUGUUUAAAAGACUACUUCCAUGUGUUCUUUUUAAUGUUAAGCAAAGUAUAAUUUAAAAUAGUCUCAUUGAAAAUAUAGAAGACAAAGAGAAAUUCCCCAAGAGUAUUUGUUUUCGCUGCUGCUUGAAAAAGUAAAUACAAAUAUAAUUUCAUCUUUUGCUUAUCUGACAAAGGUCACUUCUACUAAAACCUAGAGAGAAACACAGAAAUCUUACCUAUUGAACUUGUCACUGUGAGAUCACCUGAUUUUGCCUUACAUGAGUAUUAUACUGUUUUAAGUGUCUAAUUAAUGUGACAAUGUAUUUUCGUAACUUCUUGUGACAUUUUCUUGUAUUUAAAAGGAACUCCUAACUUUCAGUCAGUGACAAUAUUUGUGGUUAUGUAGAGUAAGGUUUGACAAAAUAAUUGUAUUGUAUUUUGUACUGGUACACUUUUUAGCUAAAUUCUCAAUGUUUUGUAAAAAAUAACAAAAAAGGUUGGGUUAUAAGUAUUUGUGAUGGAGAGUGCAAAUAUGGGGAGGGGUUCUUCUCCUUAAAGGGAUAACAUAAAGCAUUUUGUGCUCCUUACUGUUCAAGAAUUUUUGUAGACGAUUGUUAUAAGAAGUUACUUAAUAUUAUUACAAGGUUCUGCUUUCAGGGUAGACCUGACUGAAAAUGAGAUGAACCAUUCCAUUUUUUACACCCCCAAAAAAAGAAAAAACCAUUACAUUGCAUGUUUUUGACCACACAAUCAGAAAUGUAUUGGAACAAAAAAGGCCUUUACAUUCUUUUUUUUAUUUUAUUAAGAAAGUAUGUGGAGCCGAAAAUAUCUUUAACGCACUUAAAACAUAUUUGGUGUUUUCACUCCUGUCUUUGCAUUUUUAGCUUUGUUAAAUAAUUGUGUCAUUGUCAGUAGUGUCAAAUCACGCAAUGUUUUUACCAAUGCCAUAAUUCUUAAAGAAACACCUGUUUGGAUUAUUUUGUUAUUUAAAUAUGAGCAGAACUUUACGUUAUGGAUGAAAGUAGCAUUUAGUGAUUACAUUAUUUGUUUGAUAGGCUUGGAAUUGUUUACACUGGCAUUCAUAUUUUUUAAGUCAUACCUAUGGUUAAGUGCAUAAUAUCAGAGUUUUCCUUCAAACUAGCUGUAGAACAUCCUAUUUCUAUUUACGGUGCAAUGUAGUAUAUACAGUAAUACUUGCCUAAAUCCCAGUAAAGGAAAAUGGAAAUUGUCAGAAUUUUUAAGUUAUAAGGAAUCACGGUUUGUUAACUUCAGACCUCAAAGUUGAAGAACUAUUUAAUGUCAUUUUUGACAUUAAGUUUACAUGUGUAUAUGUUUGUUUCUCAUUACACAAAUUAUCCAUAAAAAAUGGUAUUGUUUUCUAUAUAUAAAUGUGAUUCCUAUGCAAGACUAAGAAAAUUUGACCAUAACACUAGAUUAUAGGACAUCAUUAUUCAAUGUAAUGUUCAAGUCAUAAACCUGUUUCAUUACCAUGUUCAUUCAUUACCAAACCCAACUUGCAUAUUAGGCUCUUCUGUUGGAUUUCAGUACCAUUCAGAUGCCAAGAUAUGUUUGUUUCAGUUCAUUUGAUUUACUCCCAUUGCAUACAAUACAUUCUGAUAAAUCGUGUACAUAUGCUGUAGCAUAAACUAAAUGCAUGAUGAACAUGUUCAGUGAACCCUGGGGAAAAAGCCUUCAUUAGCUGAGCAGAUUUGAUCCAAAUCAUGCGACAUGUAAAAUACAGCAACAUCCGGUUGACAGAAUGCA